UCUUACUACCGUAUCUCCUCUCGGGUACCGUCAGUGGUUUUCGGCAGCUUGUGGCUUGUGGUGUUGUACAUUUCUAAUUUUUUGGACAGGUGUCUGUAACCCGGGACCGACAUGGCGACACCGAAGCGGCAGGACACGCGGAAAUUCUUCGAGAGUCUGUCCGGAGCUGGGAAAUGUAUCGCGGUGCUGACCAGCGGAGGAGAUGCCCAAGGUAUGAACGGUGCGGUCCGGGCGGUUGUCCGAAUGGGAAUCUAUGUGGGAGCAAAGGUGUACUUCAUCCACGAGGGCUACCAGGGGAUGGUGGAUGGUGGAGACAACAUCAAGGAGGCCACGUGGGAGAGCGUGUCCAGCAUGCUGCAAGUGGGGGGCACAGUCAUCGGCAGCGCUCGCUGUAAAGAGUUUCGCAGCCACGAGGGCCGCCUGAAGGCCGCACACAACCUCGUCCAGCGCAGCAUCACCAACCUGUGUGUGAUCGGAGGAGACGGCAGUCUGACCGGAGCCAACCUGUUCAGAGAGGAGUGGAGCGGCCUGCUGGAUGAGCUCGUCGAGAAAGGUCUGAUUAAUGAAGAGGCCGCUCGCCUUAACUCGGAACUCCACAUCGUGGGCAUGGUCGGCUCCAUCGAUAACGACUUCUGCGGCACAGACAUGACCAUCGGUACUGACUCGGCUCUGCACAGGAUCAUUGAGGUGGUGGACGCCAUCAUGACCACCGCUCAGAGCCACCAGAGGACGUUUGUGCUGGAGGUCAUGGGGAGGCACUGUGGAUACUUGGCCCUGGUCAGUGCCUUGGCAUGCGGAGCAGACUGGGUUUUUAUUCCAGAAAUGCCUCCUGAGGAUGGCUGGGAGGAGAGCAUGUGUCAGAAACUGUCUGAGAGCCGCUCUCGAGGUUCCAGGUUGAACAUUAUCAUAGUUGCUGAAGGAGCCAUUGACAGACAAGGACGGCCCAUUUCUUCUAGUUUUGUGAAGGAUCUGGUAGUCCGUAACCUUGGCUUCGACACCAGGGUCACCAUCUUGGGGCAUGUGCAGAGAGGAGGGACGCCCUCUGCCUUUGACAGGAUCCUGGCCAGCCGUAUGGGCGUGGAGGCAGUGCUAGCCCUGCUGGAGGCCUCUGCCAGUACUCCAGCCUGUGUUGUGUCUCUGGUUGGAAACCAGGCUGUCCGACUGCCGCUCAUGGAGUGCGUUCAGAUGACCCAAGAGGUCCAGAAGGCCAUGGAUGAGAAGAAAUUUGACGAGGCAGUGAGGCUGCGUGGAAGGAGUUUUGAAAACAACCUGAGCACGUACAGACUCCUCUCCUACAGGAAAGCUGACUCUGAACUCCCAAAUAGCUCCUUUAACGUCGCCGUGUUGAACGUCGGCGCCCCGGCUGCAGGAAUGAACGCUGCCGUGCGCUCUGCUGUCAGAGUGGGAAUCACCGAAGGUCACAAAAUGUUUGCAGUGAACGACGGCUUCGAGGGAUUCUACAAAGGACAGAUCAAGGAGAUCAAAUGGGGAGAUGUUGGUGGUUGGACCGGCCAAGGAGGGUCCCUGCUGGGGACAAAAAGAACUCUACCAGGGAAACAUCUGGAAAAGAUUGCAGAGCAGAUGAGGAUCCAUAAUAUCAAUGCUCUACUGGUCAUCGGAGGAUUUGAGGCCUACGUGGGAUUACUGGAACUCUCCUCAGCACGGGACAAAUAUAGCGAGUUCUGUGUGCCCAUGGUUAUGGUCCCUGCCACCGUCUCCAACAAUAUACCUGGUUCAGACCUCAGCAUUGGCUCAGACACCGCUCUGAACGCCAUUACUGAUACAUGCGAUCGUAUCAAGCAGUCAGCCAGCGGCACCAAGCGGAGGGUCUUUAUCAUUGAGACCAUGGGGGGCUACUGUGGAUACCUGGCCACCGUGGGCGGUCUGGCCGCAGGUGCCGACACGGUCUACAUCUACGAGGAGCCGUUUGACAUCCGGGACCUGCAGAGCAACGUAGAGCAUCUGACACAGAAGAUGAAGACGUCCAUCCAGAGAGGAUUAGUGCUUAGAAAUGAGAACUGCAACGAGAACUUCACCACCGACUUCAUCUUCCAGCUGUACUCUGAGGAGGGGCGAGGAGUGUUCGACUGUAGGAAGAACAUCCUGGGACACAUGCAGCAGGGAGGAGCUCCUUCACCCUUUGAUAGAAACUUUGGUACCAAAGUUGCUGCUAAAGCCAUUCAGUGGAUCACAAGGACGCUCAAGGACUGUUACAAAGGAGGUCGAGUGUUUGCAAACUCAGAGGACACCGCCUGCCUGCUGGGGAUGCGUCGCAGAGCUCUCGUCUUCCAGCCCGUAUCUCAGCUUCGGGACGAGACUGACUUUGUCCACAGGAUCCCCAAGGAGCAGUGGUGGCUGAAGCUCCGUCCUCUGAUGAAAAUCCUGGCCAAGUACAAGACGAGCUACGACGUAUCCGACGCCGGCCAGCUGGAACACGUGACCCGAAUCCGCCCGAAGGAGAGCAACACCUCUGCGACCAUCUGAAGGCCCAAGCUGCCCUGCUGGAGGAGAGCUUCACUCCGUCGACAGUGACGGCUACUCACAAUGACUGAUCGACUGCUGAUUGAUGAAAAUACUUUAAGGUAGACUUUAAAAGGUGGUAGGUAAUUUUAAGCAGAGAUACUGGAUGGUAAAGGCAUGGCACUGAUAUGAAGGGAUCAUUAGUUUUGGGGGUGAAUAUCUGGAAAGAGCUUUUUAGCCAGCACAGCAGAUGUAGUAUUUUAUAAAUCCCUUAUUAAAGAUAUCAUAGAUUUAAUCAUAUAUCUAAGCACUCCUUAUCAUGUACUGUAAAUGAAUAUGAGAUAUAGUCCUAAAAUGUAGCUUUAUCUAAAUUUAUUUUACCUAGCUGAGACAUUUGCAGGGUGGCUGCUGCAUUUUAACGUCUAGCUUUUGUGAUUUUAAAUUAUUUUCUACAGCACUUUGAGCCCCAUAAUUAAUAUUUAUCUGUAAUCCCUUAAAGCUACUUAUGAAGAGAAAGUAUUAGCUGGGAGGAGGAUCACAUGCUGCCAGUCUAACACCUUUAAAAACCUUUCAACCAUCCUGAUUGUAAAAUGUGACCUACACCAGGUUUAACAAGCCGAGCCGGCCGUGUUGCCAUCCCUUCACUUGCUAACUGUGUGUUUGAGUGUGUGUGUUUUGGUGUUGCCUUGAUGUUCGUAUCCACUCUGGGCUUUGUUUCUUCUAUCUUGUAGUGGUUUUUGUGAGUAGGGUCCUGCUGUUGCUGUAGUUUGGCAGUGAAGUGGAGGAUGUCUGAAACUUUAAAGCAACAUUAACUUCAUGUGCCGGCAGUGAGAUGUGUUUGUCCUGUCAGAGUAAUAAAGCAUUU